GCCUCUCACGAAUCUAAGAACCCGCCAUAGCUCAUCAGCCUCAUCUACUAAACCCCAGCUCAUCUUAAAGUCCGAUACAAACCUCCGACUGUCUCACGUUCGGUCCCAAUGUUCCCACAAUCAUGGAACUCAAACUCUAACCAGGUUCAUGAUCCAUAUUUUUCUUCUGGGUUUUGUUUAGGGUUUUAAAGAUUCAAUCUUUCACCCAAUCGAUUUGAACUGAGAGACCCACAUGGCUUACUGGCGAGGCCUCUCGUCCAGAGCAACCAUCAUAGCUCGGCGAAGGCAGCACCAUCCCUGCCUCUCUCACAUUCUCCACGACGACAACGACAACGACGUCGUUUUGGAACCCUCCUCUCCUUCCCCAUAUACCAAUCAUUUCCUGACGCAAAAGCGCUUCUUUGGAAGCACUUUGGAUCAUAAGGUUUCAAGCUUGGGUGGAUUUAAUCAGAACCGGAGGAUUUCGAAUGCUCUGCUUUUGUCGCCGGCUGCUUUCGGGUUCGGUCGGAACAUGUCGACGGCGAGUGGGGGAGGGUCGGAGAAUGUUGGUCGGGUGUUUAGUGAUGUGCCGGAUAUUCUGACGGAAGCUGUGACUUCGCAGCUGCCGGCGGUGAAUGAGGUGGCGAUUGCGGCGGCUGAUUCUUGGUUGCCGGUGAAGGGCUUGCAGUACUUGAUUGAUUAUGUUCAUACUACUGCUGGAAUGGACUGGUGGGCUGCCAUAGUGGUAACAACUCUUAUGAUUCGAACGCUCACGGCUCCGCUUCUUGUGAACCAAAUGAAAUCAUCAGCAAAGCUCACUCUCAUGAAGCCACGCCUAGAGAAACUUAAGGAAGAGAUGGAAAGCAAGGAAAGCAAUGGUAUGGAUGUCCAAGCUAGGAUUGAAUAUCAACAGAAAGUAAAGGGGCUAUUCAAAGAAUAUGGCUGUACUCCUUUAACUCCACUGAAGGGACUCUUUAUUCAAGGCCCUAUCUUCAUCAGCUUUUUUCUAGCAAUAUCGAACAUGGCAGAGAAAGUGCCAUCGUUUAAAGAAGGUGGUGUCUUUUGGUUUGUUGAUCUGACAACUCCUGAUCAUAUGUACAUUUUUCCAGUUUUGGCAGGAUUGACAUUCUUAAUAACAGUGGAGUCCAAUAUGCUAGAAGGUAUGGAGGGAAAUCCAAUGGCUAAAACCAUGAAGAAUAUCUCAAGAGGGAUGGCUAUUCUUACAGUUCCAUUUACCAUGAGCUUUCCGAAGGCCAUAUUUUGUUACUGGGUUACAUCCAACUUGUUUUCGCUUGGAUAUGGAAUUGCACUUAAAAAUCCUGUUGUGAAGAAGAAACUGGGUCUUCCUGACCCGCCUCCUCCUCCUCCUCCGUCACCACAGGGAUCACAACAAUCUGCAUUCUCACUAUUUUCACAGAUGAAACAGCUGGCUGCAACCUCAGAGGCCGCCUCAUCAGCCUUUCAACCAGCGAAGAUUCAAGAUCGGAGAACAUCGUCGACAUCAGAUCUCAGUCAAAGGAUUAAAAGUUUAGAGAAAAAAGUAAAGGGAAAAAAGAGAAACAAGAAGAGGUAGAGAAUUUGCUAGUUUUACUAGGUCAACCAAUAGCAUCACCAUUGAUGAGGUUUCACUGCCUAAAUUUUUUUAUAUCAUAUUCUUUACAUCGAUGACUUGAUAUGUAUCUUACCAAGAGAGAAUUUUUGGGUUUAGGGUUAUAAUAAACAGACAAAACAGUAUGGAAGGUAUCACUGCCUGAAAUUUUUACAGGAAAAGCUGGAGAAUUUUGGUGAAACUGGAAGUGCUCAACUACUCUGGUUGAGGGAGGUGUUUUUUCUGUAUCUUACUAUGGAUGAAUUGUCAAGGUCCCCAUUUUAUUGUAAAAAAUAAAAUCAAGUUAUACAUCAUCGAAUUAGU